UUGAAAACAAACCAAAUUGCUUCCGGUUUCGCCCUGUCAAUCUUCAGUUUGACACCGUAGCAAAACGUUAGCCAUGGAGGAGUAACAGAUGUUUUUCAGGUCGUAUUAGCCUCUGACAGAAUGAGAUAAGAUGGAUACUGUAACGACAGAUUCGUCUGCAGCUGAGGAAGAUGACAGUUCAGACUCAGAGGUUUUGUGUUUGAUGAGAGUUGGAAGAAAUUCAGACUGGCUUCGCUUGUUCGAAAACACUGAGAUGACUAUAGGACGUGGUGUGGAUGUAACCCACCAGUUGUUGUCUCCAAGUUGUCCUCUGAUGAUCUCCAGACUGCACUGUACAUUUAAGCAAAGGGAAGAUGGCAAGUGGACAGUGACCGACAAGAACAGUCUCAACGGUGUGUGGGUGAAUGGAAACCGCAUACCUGCUGAAGAAGCCCAUCAGCUGAGGCUCGGAGACUCCAUACAACUCGGUGUUCCUGUAAUUGGAACCGAAGUGGAGUUUGACUACAUGCUCGUCCAGCGGCCCCUCAAAGACAUUAAACUUUACCUGGCAAGGGGACACAGAGAGGGUGCUAAAGCAGCCCAUGUUGCCAAGAAGCCCAAAAGGAAGUUGACCGUGGAAGAAGUUGAGCCGUCUACCUCAAAGUCCAAGCUCUACCGCUGCUCCUCCGCAGACAAGUCAUUUGCAAAGCCCUGCCCUCUGUCACCAGUGAAACGGCAGCAGAGGCUCAGUCACACCCAGCCAGAGGAAACUGGACCCAGCAGACACGUCCAGGAAGUAGACCGGCCCUCAGAUGGCUCCAGCAGUCUGUGUGACCUGGACAACUUGCAGAUGUACAGCCAGAACAUCCUGAUGCUGAGGGAGCAGGUGGACGACACCCAGAGGCAGGUAGCCUCGCUGGGGGGAGAGCCCCGGCAGGCUGACCCGCUCAGAGAGGAGCAUGUCAGGGAGCUGCAGGGUCAGCUUGAGACGCUCAGAGCCAAGAUGCACCGGAUGGAGACGUUAGAGAAGUCUUUUAGUGAAACUAAGAGGCAGCUAGAGGCACAGAAAACACAGCAACAAGAGGAGCUUUUGAAGAAACAGCUGGAAGAAGCCUUGCAAGAGCAAAAGAAGGUAAUAGACGAACUUGCCCUUUCUCGGGAAGGCUUUGAAGAGAUUCUCUUGGCCAAAAACAAAGAACUAGAAGUGACAAAGGAGGAGAAAGAAAAGGCGAGGGCCCAAAAAGAGGAAGUAGUUACACAAGUGACUGAAGUUCUGGAGAACGAGCUUCAGUGCAUCAUCUGCUCCGAGCUCUUCAUUGAGGCAGUCAUCUUGAACUGCGCUCACAGCUUCUGCAGUCACUGCAUCAAGCAGUGGCGCAAAAAGAAAGACGAGUGUCCCAUCUGCCGACGGGCCAUCCAGUCCCAGACCCGCUGUCUGGCCCUGGACAACUGCAUCGACAGCAUGGUGGAAAACCUGAGCCUGGACAUGAAGUCGAGGCGGCAGACCCUCAUUACUGAAAGGAAAGGUGAGAGCGGACUCUGCUCAGGUGAUGGUGAUCCACGAUGACGACAGCAGCAGGAGCAGCGAUAGCGACGGCAGUAUGGUGUCCAUAGAUAGUAGCCUGAGCUCUGUGGUCUCUCUGGACACAGACAGUAGCAUCCACUUGGAUUCCAGUCCGCCCUUCAGUGGUUUCUCUGAUGAAAGUGUUGAUGAGUUUGAUGAUUAGCCCUUUUCUCCUGUGGGCUGUAACAUGAAUCUGGCUUUUUUUUUUUUUUUUUGGUGGUGUUCACAUUUCCCUGGAUUGUUCCCAGAUAGUACGCAAAGUUUGGUCUCAUCAUGAGUCCAUUAACCAGAUUCAGCUAAGGUUUGUGUUUUUUUUGUUUGUUUUUGUUUUUUUUUGUAAAAUGAUCAGUUGUCUUUUUGUCUUUAUUUUUAACAAAAGGAAUAAAGUUUCUUCAUAUGUAUUUUUUUACAGCCACAUGUUGACUUUGUCCAAGCAUUGAUUCAUCGUGUUUAUGGUUCUAAGGAACUAAUAAACCCGAUGAAAUCAGAAGUCCCAUCUGCUACAAAUAGAUUCAAUAGGACCUGACCUUUUGUCAGAGAGACAGAGAAGGGCAGACAGACAACAGACCUCUGCUGGGAGUGAAAGCAGCAUACCGGAUCUUUUGUUUUUAGCCGUAUUAGCGGCGUGACUUUAUGAAUAGCGGUCUGUGGUACUGUGGACUUUUGGUGUAGCGCCACCAGCAGGUCUACGUUUUCUCUUGUCCUGUGAACUGUUUCAAUAUCUAUUAGAUUAAAAAACGUAACUUUUUAAUUUGUCCAGUACUUUUUAGUUUCUGACCAAACACGAGCACAACUGACGUCAGCCUCAGCUGUUUGUUUUAAUGUGAAUUAGCAUUUUCUGUCAUGCUAACACACUGAACUAGCAUUUAGCUCAAAGCACCACUCUGCAGAAGUACAGCCUCACAGACAUGCUAGUAUGGCUGUAGACUUUUGUAUCAUACAUUACUGCAGAACAUUUUUCAUGGCUUUAAUGUGUUUUCGUAGCUUUCAGUCAGUGAUUGGUAUCAUUUCAUUUUGAAUAAAAAUGAACUUGUACACUUGAAA